AUGGCAAUGGCAAUGGCAACACCUCUCCGCCCCACCUCCCUCCGAAACCUCCAUCUCCUCCUCCGAACAGCCCCCCGCUUCGUACACAACCAAUUCGGGUCUCACAACACCAGCACCAACAGCAGCAGCGUCAACCCAACCGAAGUCUCCCAUUUCAACGCCCUCGCUUCAACAUGGUGGGAUCCGCACGGCUCCUCACGCCUCUUGCAUCUCAUGAACCCGCUGCGCCACGACUUCAUCCAUCGAUGCCACGGCAUGCAGCCCGUGCCUCCCCCUUCAGCAAACCUGCGGUAUCUGGAUAUCGGAUGCGGCGGCGGCAUCUUCGCUGAGAGCGCUGCGCGGUUGACGGGAACGGGACUCGUGACGGCGAUUGAUCCCUCGCCCGAAGUACUGGGCGUUGCUCAGGCGCACGCGAGGAGGGAUCCGGGCCUGAGCGGGAAACUAUCGUAUUUGAAUACAUCGAUAGAAGGAUUGGCGAAGCCGGGGUCGGUUGAGGAGCAGUAUGAUGUGUUGUCGCUGUUUGAGGUCAUUGAGCAUAUAACGCACCCGGCGGAGUUUCUGGAUGCGUGUCAGGAGUAUGUGAAGCCGGGGGGCUGGAUCGUUAUGAGUACGAUUGCGCGGACGUGGACGAGUUGGUUUACGACGAAGCUGGUGGCGGAAGAUUUGGUGGGGAUUGUGCCGAGGGGGACGCAUGAUUGGGGGAAGUAUAUUAAUGAGGAGGAGCUGAGGGGCUACUUUUUGGAGAAGAGAGGCUGGAAUAGUCCGAUGGUUAUGGGUGUUGUGUACGUGCCGGGGCUGGGGUGGAAGGAAGUCAGUGGGAGUGAGAAGGUUGGGAAUUAUUUUUUCGGAAUUAGAAAGGACGAGAACGGUGAGUUUGAGAUUGGGGCAAAGAGCGUGGUUUGGGGCCACUAG